AAGGUGACAUUAUAUGGACAAAGUUUAGCUCCAACAGAAAAAAAUUAUAUAGAUAUGCACAAUGGACAUGUCUGCAGCAGCUGGGGAAACUCUCACUUUAGGACAUUUGAUGGUGACAUUUUCCAGUUUAGCGGGUCUUGCAACUACGUGUUUGCCAAACACUGUGGAAGCACUUACGAAGACUUCACUAUUCAGAUCAGACGUUCUGUGGUCGAAAAGAUUCCUGUUCUUACGCAGAUUAGUAUGAAACUUGAUGGUGUUUCUCUUGUGCUUGGGAACGGGCAGAUAACAGUUAAUGAAGAAAAGGUGGAAAUUCCAUAUAGCUUUUCUGGUAUCAAGAUAGGUAGGAAUGGCCUCUACAUCACAGUUGUCUCCAAAGUGGGCCUGCAAGUUAUGUGGAAUGAAGAGGAUGCUAUCAUGUUGGAACUGGAUAAGAAAUAUGCCAAUAAAACCUGUGGUCUUUGUGGGGACUUCAACGGGAUUCCAGUCUACAAUGAGUUUAUAAUCAACAAUGUACAACUGACAGAUGUCCAAUAUGGAAACAUGCAAAAGCUUGAUGGCCCCACAGAAACAUGUGCAGACCUCCAGGCCACUCCUAAAGUGAAUUGCACAGACUCUAGAAGCCUCUGUCAAAUAGUGUUGACAAGUUCAGCAUUUUCAAGCUGUAAUUUCCUUGUGAAUCCUUCUCAGUACAUUGAGCUUUGUGUCCAGGACUUGUGUGAGUGUUCAGGUGACAUCUUAGGUUUCUGCCUAUGCAACACAUUCGCUGAGUAUUCCAGGCAGUGUAGCCAUGCUGGAGGGCAACCAUCCAACUGGAGAACUGAACAACUCUGCCCCAUGAAAUGCAGCUUUAACAUGGAGUACAGUGAGUGUGGAAGCCCCUGCCCAAACACCUGUACCAACCCUUACCGGUCAUCAGUAUGUGACAGCAACUGUAUAGAUGGAUGCUCCUGUCCUAAAGGCACUGUAUUUGAUGACAUUGGAAACACUGGUUGCAUUCCGAAGAGCAGCUGCUCAUGUAUUCAUGAUGGAAAGACCUAUGCAUCUGGGACUGGCUACUCUGCAGAAUGCAAAAACUGCAACUGCAAUGAAGGGAUAUGGGCAUGUGAAGAUGUUGCCUGCGUAGGAACCUGCUCAGUUACUGGUGGAUCCCACAUAACCACAUUUGAUUCUAGACAUUACAGCUUUUAUGGAGACUGCAGUUACGUCCUAGCCAAGUCUUGCAAUAACAACGAAUUUAAUGUCAUUGGGGAAAUACGCAAGUGUGGCUUGACUAACACAGAGACAUGUUUAAAGGGAGUUAUCAUCAGUUUAGGGCAUGGAGAAGAUUUCAUCUAUGUUAAAGAGGGUGGCAGUUUAUAUGUGAACUCACUCUUCACCCAGGUGCCAUUUUCAUCUGCUAGUGUCACCAUCUUCAGGCCUUCCUCCUUUUUCAUCAUUGUACAGACUAGCAUUGGAUUGCAACUGCAGAUUCAGAUUGUUCCAAACAUGCAAGUCUUCAUUUCAUUAACACCAUCUGAUGAAAGUAACAUUUGUGGUCUUUGUGGAAACUUCAAUGGCAACCAAGAGGACGAUUUCAGGGUCCACAGUGGAGUGAUCGAGGGAACUGCAUCAUCCUUUGCCAAUUCCUGGAUGACACAAGCUGGCUGCCCUACAGUUACAAAUACCUUUGAGAAACCCUGUGAUCUCAGUGUUGAAAAUUUUAAUUUUGCUAAUCACUGGUGUUCCAUGUUAACUGAUACAUCCGAAGCUUUUGUACAGUGUCAUCAGAAGGUGGAUCCAAAUAUCUACAAAGAGAACUGCAUGUUUGACUCCUGCAACUGUGCUGAUAGUGAGAAAUGCAUGUGUGCUGCCAUUUCAUCCUAUGUCUAUGCCUGUGCAAGGGCAGGAAUAAUAUUAACUGGAUGGAGAGAAAGGGUCUGCUCAAAAUACACCAACUCUUGCCCUGAGUCGAUGACAUACAGCUACUCUGUGACUGCCUGCCAGCGAACCUGCCGCUCCCUCAGUGAGCCAGACACCACUUGUAAGCACUCCUUUGCUGCCAUUGAUGGCUGCGUCUGUCCAGAUGGGAAAUAUUUGAAUGACAAUGGCAGAUGUGUGGACCUUGAGAGUUGCCCAUGUUAUCACAGGGGCACACCUGUGCCAGCAGGACAAUCAAUUACUGACAAUGGCGCUAUGUGCAUGUGCACAAAAGGCACACUAGACUGCAUUGGGCAACAAGAAGAAGUCAAAGUGUGUGAUGCUCCCAUGAUAUAUUUUAACUGUGCCAAUAAGACAGCCGGGACAAAAGGAGCAGAGUGUCAAAGGAGUUGUCAAAUCUUUGACAAACAGUGUUUCAGCACUCAGUGUGUGUCUGGUUGUGUAUGCCCUUAUGGGUUGUUAGCUGAUGGAAAUGGAGGAUGUGUACCUGAGGAACAAUGUCCGUGCAUUCAUAAUAGUAAGUUCUAUGAACCAGGCUCAAGGAUCAAAGACAAAUGCAACACUUGCACAUGCCAAAACAGAGCUUGGAGUUGCACCGAUAACCCUUGCUCGGGGACUUGUACACUUUAUGGAGAUGGGCACUACACCACUUUUGACAGCAAGACAUAUUCUUUCAAUGGAGACUGUGAAUAUGUAUUGACUCAAGAUUUCUGUACAGACAACAGUGUCAGUGAUUCCUUCAAAGGUACUUUCAGAGUGAUCACUGAAAACAUCCCCUGUGGUUCUACUGGGACAUCGUGCUCCAAAGCUAUCAAAAUCUAUCUUGGAAACCGUGAACUUAUCCUUAGUGAUGAAAAACUUGACAUCAUGCUAACCAAUUCUGGAAAAUAUAUACCUUUCACAAUGCAUCAGAUGGGCAUAUUCAUGAUGAUUGAAGCAGAUAAUGGAUUGAUUUUACUGUGGGAUAAAAGGACAACUAUCAUUAUCAAACUGCAACCUGAUUUUCAGGGUAAAGUGUGUGGGCUUUGUGGAAACUAUGAUGGAAUGUCAAAUAAUGAUUUCACCACACUGACUCUGGCUGAUGCUACAGAUGUGGUACAGUUUGCCGACAGCUGGAAAUUAUCAUUGAACUGUCUCCCUGGCCAUACAGUCCAAGAUUCUUGUUCCCUCAAUCCUUACAGAAAAGCUUGGUCACAAAGAAAGUGCAGCGUCAUCACGGGACCUACAUUUUCAGUUUGUCACUCUAAGGUCGAUCCUAUGAAAUAUUAUGAAUCAUGUGUUAAUGAUGCCUGUGCUUGUGAUACUGGUGGGGAUUGUGAGUGCUUCUGUACAGCAGUAGCUGCAUACGCCCAAGCCUGCAGUGAAGCUGGAGAGUGUAUUAAUUGGAGAACACCAACCAUAUGCCCCGUAUUUUGUGAUUUCUACAACCUUGAAGGACAGUGUGAAUGGCACUACAAGCCAUGUGGACUUGAAAAAAAUUGUAUAGAGACAUGCAGGAAUCGUGGUAAAAGAUGUUAUGAUCACUUGCCUGGUUUAGAAGGUUGUUAUCCUAAUUGCCCAGAAGAAAGGCCUUUCUUUGACGAAGACACAAUGAGAUGUGUCGCAACAUGUGACUACUGUUAUCAAAGUGAAACUAGAUACAAAAUUAAUGAGGCAAUGCCUGCAGAUUCAGGAACAAAGUGCACAGAAUGCAUCUGCACAACAGAAGGCAGAGUAUGCUACAACCACACAGAAUCUAACAACACACGUUGCUGUGAAUAUGACGGUCAGCUGUAUGAGGAGAAUGAGUUAAUUUACACUACCACUGAUGGAUUAGGAGCCUGUUUUAAAUCUUACUGUGUGAAUGGAACAAGAUACCGAGUUGUUGAGGAAUGCAACGCAACUACUGUUACAACGUUACCCCCUACAACAUUUGUUUUUACAACAACAUCUCCUGUUACUGUAACCAUCGGUACACCAUUCAGCACUCCAAAUGGUACAAUGGUCACAUCAGAAACUACAAUAGCAAGUACAAUUCUUACGGAAACAACACCACCCAGCACUAAACCAAGCACUGAAACAAUUCCUUCCAUAACUGAGAUUACAAGUAUGAUAACUGUGACUGAAUUAACAGCUCUAACAGGCACUGAAUCAACUGACACAAUACAGACAAUUCCUGUCACUGAAACAUCACCAUCUAUCAUUGUCACUGGGACAACACCACCGAUUAAUACCCAAUCCUCAUCUUCAGUAAGCAUUCCACCUACAACCCCCUCAGUUGUCACUGAAACAACACCCUCAGUCAUUGUCACUGGGACAACUUCACCUAUUCACACCCAAUCAACAACCUCAGUAACCGAACCUCUUACAACCCCCUCAGUUAUCACUGAAACAUCACCCUUAAUCAUUGUCACUGGGACAACACCACCAAUUAACACCCAAUCCUCAUCUUCAGUAAGCAUUCCACCUACAACCCCCUCAGUUGUCACUGAAACAACACCCUCAGUCAUUGUCACUGGGACAACUCCACCUAUUCACACCCAAUCAACAUCUUCAGUAACCGAACCACUUACAACCCCCUCAGUUAUCACUGAAACAUCACCCUUAAUCAUUGUCACUGGGACAACUCCACCUGUUAAUACUCAAUCCGUAUCCACAGUAAGCAUUCCACCUACAAUACCCAUCAUUAUUACAGAAACUACACCCCCAAUCAUUGUCACUGGGACAACACCACCAAUUAACACCCAAUCCUCAUCUUCAGUAAGCAUUCCACCAACAACCCCCUCAGUUGUCACUGAAACAACACCCUCAGUCAUUGUCACUGGGACAACUCCACCUAUUCACACCCAAUCAACAUCCUCAGUAACCGAACCACUUACGACCCCCUCAGUUAUCACUGAGACAUCACCGUUAAUCAUUGUCACUGGGACAACUCUACCUGUUAAUACCCAAUCCACAUCCACAAUAAGCAUUCCACCAACAAAACCCAUCAUUGUUACAGAAACAUCACCCCCAAUCAUUGUCACUGGGACAACUCCACCAAUUAACACCCAAUCCACAUCUUCAAUAACCGAAUCACUUACAACCCCCUCAGUUGUCACUGAAACAACACCCUCAGUCAUUGUCACUGGGACAACUCCACCUAUUCACACCCAAUCAACAUCUUCAGUAACCGAACCACUUACAACCCCCUCAGUUAUCACUGAAACAUCACCCUUAAUCAUUGUCACUGGGACAACUCCACCUGUUAAUACUCAAUCCGUAUCUACAGUAAGCAUUCCACCUACAAUACCCAUCAUUGUUACAGAAACUACACCCCCAAUCAUUGUCACUGGGACAACUCCACCUGUUAAUACUCAAUCCGUAUCCACAGUAAGCAUUCCACCUACAAUACCCAUCAUUGUUACAGAAACUACACCCCCAAUCAUUGUCACUGGGACAACACCACCAAUUAACACCCAAUCCUCAUCUUCAGUAAGCAUUCCACCUACAACCCCCUCAGUUGUCACUGAAACAACACCCUCAGUCAUUGUCACUGGGACAACUCCACCUCUUCACACCCAAUCAACAUCCUCAGUAACCGAACCACUUACGACCCCCUCAGUUAUCACUGAGACAUCACCCUUAAUCAUUGUUACUGGGACAACUCUACCUGUUAAUACCCAAUCCACAUCCACAAUAAGUAUUCCACCUACAAAACCCAUCAUUGUUACAGAAACAUCACCCCCAAUCAUUGUCACUGGGACAACUCCACCAAUAAACACCCAAUCCACAUCUUCAAUAACCAAAUCACAUACAACCCCCUCAGUUGUCACUGAAACAACACCCUCAGUCAUUGUCACUGGGACAACUCCACCUCUUCACACCCAAUCAACAUCUUCAGUAACCGAACCACUUACAACCCCCUCAGUUAUCACUGAAACAUCACCCUUAAUCAUUGUUACUGGGACAACUCCACCUGUUAAUACUCAAUCCGUAUCCACAGUAAGCAUUCCACCUACAAUACCCAUCAUUGUUACAGAAACUACACCCCCAAUCAUUGUCACUGGGACAACACCACCAAUUAACACCCAAUCCUCAUCUUCAGUAAGCAUUCCACCUACAACCCCCUCAGUUGUCACUGAAACAACACCCUCAGUCAUUGUCACUGGGACAACUUCACCUAUUCACACUCAAUCCACAUCUUCAGUAACCGAACAACUUACAACCCCCUCAGUUGUCACUGAAACAACACCCUCAGUCAUUGUCACUGGGACAACUCCACCUAUUCACACUCAAUCAACAUCUUCAGUAACCGAAUCACUUACAACCCCCUCAGUUGUCACUGAAACAACACCCUCAGUCAUUGUCACUGGGACAACUCCACCUAUUCACACCCAAUCCACAUCUUCAGUGACCGAACAACUUACAACCCCCUCAGUUGUCACUGAAACAACACCCUCAGUCAUUGUCACUGGGACAACCCAACCAAUUCACACCCAAUCAACAUCUUCAGUAACCGAACCACUUACAACCCCCUCAGUUAUCACUGAAACAUCACCCUUAAUCAUUGUCACUGGGACAACUCCACCUGUUAAUACUCAAUCCGUAUCCACAGUAAGCAUUCCACCUACACUACCCAUCAUUGUUACAGAAACUACACCCCCAAUCAUUGUCACUGGGACAACACAACCAAUUAACACCCAAUCCUCAUCUUCAGUAAGCAUUCAACCUACAACCCCCUCAGUUGUUACUGAAACAACACCCUCAGUCAUUGUCACUGGGACAACUCCACCUAUUCACACCCAAUCAACAUCCUCAGUAACCGAACCACUUACGACCCCCUCAGUUAUCACUGAGACAUCACCCUUAAUCAUUGUCACUGGGACAACUCUACCUGUUAAUACCCAAUCCAUAUCCACAAUAAGCAUUCCUCCUACAAAACCCAUCAUUGUUACAGAAACAUCACCCCCAAUCAUUGUCACUGGGACAACUCAACCAAUUAACACCCAAUCCACAUCUUCAAUAACCAAAUCACUUACAACCCCAUCAGUUGUCACUGAAACAUCACCCUUAAUCAUUGUCACUGGGACAACUCCACCUAUUCACACCCAAUCCACAUCUUCAGUAAGCAUUCCACCUACAACCCCCUCAGUUGUCACUGAAACAACACCCUCAGUCAUUGUCACUGAGACAACUUCACCUAUUCACACCCAAUCAACAUCUUCAGUAACCGAACCUCUUACAACCCCCUCAGUUAUCACUGAAACAUCACCCUUAAUCAUUGUCACUGGGACAACUCCACCUGUUAAUACCCAAUCCACAUCCACAGUAAGCAUUACUCCUUCAAAACCCAUCAUUGUUACAGAAACAUCACCCCCAAUCAUUGUAACUGGGACAACUCCACCAAUUAACACCCAAUUCACAUCUUCAAUAACCGAAUCACUUACAACCCCCUCAGUUGUCACUGAAACAUCACCCUUAAUCAUUGUCACUGGGACAACUCCACCUGUUAAUACUCAAUCCGUAUCCACAGUAAGCAUUCCACCUACAAUACCCAUCAUUGUUACAGAAACUACACCCCCAAUCAUUGUCACUGGGACAACACCACCAAUUAACACCCAAUCGUCAUCUUCAGUAAGCAUUCCACCUACAACCCCAUCAGUUGUCACUGAAACAACACCCUCAGUCAUUGUCACUGGGACAACUCCAGCUAUUUACACCCAAUCAACAUCCUCAGUAACCGAACCACUUACGACCCCCUCAGUUAUUACUGAAACAUCACCCUUAAUCAUUGUCACUGGAACAACUCCACCUGUUAAUACCCAAUCCACAUCCACAAUAAGCAUUCCACCUACAAAACCCAUCAUUGUUACAGUAACGUCACCCCCAAUCAUUGUCACUGGGACAACUCCAAUUAACACCCAAUCCACAUCUUCAAUAACCGAAUCACUUACAACCCCCUCAGUUGUCACUGAAACAUCACCCUUAAUCAUUGUCACUGCAACAACUCAACCAAUUAAUACCCAAUCCUCAUCUUCAGUAAGCAUUCCACCUACAACCCCCUCAGUUGUCACUGAAACAACACCCUCAGUCAUUGUCACUGGGACAACUUCAUCGAUUGAAAGCCAAUCAACAUCUUCAGUAACUGAACCACUUACAACCCCCUCAGUUGUAACUGAAACAACACCCUUAAUCAUUGUCACUGAAACAACUCCACCUAUUAACACCCAAUCAACAUCUUCAGUAACCGAACCACUUACAACCCCCUCAGUUAUCACUGAAACAUCACCCUUAAUCAUUGUCACUGGGACAACCCCACCUGUUAAUACUCAAUCCGUAUCCACAGUAAGCAUUCCACCUACAAUACCCAUCAUUGUUACAGAAACUACACCCCCAAUCAUUGUCACUGGGACAACACCACCAAUUAAUACCCAAUCCUCAUCUUCAGUAAGCAUUCCACCUACAACCCCCUCAGUUGUCACUGAAACAACACCCUCAGUCAUUGUCACUGGGACAACUCCACCUAUUCACACCCAAUCAACAUCUUCAGUAACCGAAUCACUUACAACCCCCUCAGUUGUCACUGAAACAUCACCCUUAAUCAUUGUCACUGGAACAACUCCACCAAUUAAUACCCAAUCCUCAUCUUCAGUAAGCAUUCCACCUACAACCCCCUCAGUUGUCACUGAAACAACACCCUUAAUAAUUAUCACUGGAACAACUCCACCUAUUCACACCCAAUCAACAUCUUCAGUAACCGAACCACUUACAACCCCCUCAGUUAUCACUGAAACAUCACCCUUAAUCAUUGUUACUGGGACAACUCCACCUGUUAAUACUCAAUCUGUAUCCACAGUAAGCAUUCCACCUACAAUACCCAUCAUUGUUACAGAAACUACACCCCCAAUCAUUGUCACUGGGACAACACCACCAAUUAACACCCAAUCCUCAUCUUCAGUAAGCAUUCCACCUACAACCCCAUCAGUUGUCACUGAAACAACACCCUCAGUCAUUGUCACUGGACAACUCCACCUAUUCACACCCAAUCAACAUCCUCACAUUCCACCUACAAAACCCAUCAUUGCUACAGUAACGUCACCCCCAAUCAUUGUCACUGGGACAACUCCAAUUAACACCCAAUCCACAUCUUCAAUAACCAAAUCACUAACAACCCCCUCAGUUGUCACUGAAACAUCACCCUUAAUCAUUGUCACUGGAACAACUCAACCAAUUAAUACCCAAUCCUCAUCUUCAGUAAGCAUUCCACCUACAACCCCCUCAGUUGUCACUGAAACAACACCCUCAGUCAUUGUCACUGGGACAACUCCAUCGAUUGAAAGCCAAUCAACAUCUUCAGUAACUGAACCACUUACAACCCCCUCAGUUGUCACCGAAACAACACCCUUAAUCAUUGUCACUGGAACAACUCCACCUAUUAACACCCAAUCAACAUCUUCAGUAACCGAACCACUUACAACCCCCUCAGUUAUCACUGAAACAUCACCCUUAAUCAUUGUCACUGGGACAACUCCACCUGUUAAUACUCAAUCCGUAUCCACAGUAAGCAUUCCACCUACAAUACCCAUCAUUGUUACAGAAACUACACCCCCAAUCAUUGUCACUGGGACAACACCACCAAUUAAUACCCAAUCCUCAUCUUCAGUAAGCAUUCCACCUACAACCCCCUCAGUUGUCACUGAAACAACACCCUCAGUCAUUGUCACUGGGACAACUCCACCUAUUCACACCCAAUCAACAUCUUCAGUAACCGAAUCACUUACAACCCCCUCAGUUGUCACUGAAACAUCACCCUUAAUCAUUGUCACUGGAACAACUCCACCAAUUAAUACCCAAUCCUCAUCUUCAGUAAGCAUUCCACCUACAACCCCCUCAGUUGUCACUGAAACAACACCCUUAAUAAUUAUCACUGGAACAACUCCACCUAUUCACACCCAAUCAACAUCUUCAGUAACCGAACCACUUACAACCCCCUCAGUUAUCACUGAAACAUCACCCUUAAUCAUUGUUACUGGGACAACUCCACCUGUUAAUACUCAAUCUGUAUCCACAGUAAGCAUUCCACCUACAAUACCCAUCAUUGUUACAGAAACUACACCCCCAAUCAUUGUCACUGGGACAACACCACCAAUUAACACCCAAUCCUCAUCUUCAGUAAGCAUUCCACCUACAACCCCAUCAGUUGUCACUGAAACAACACCCUCAGUCAUUGUCACUGGGACAACUCCACCUAUUCACACCCAAUCAACAUCCUCAGUAACCGAACUACUUACGACCCCCUCAGUUAUUACUGAAACAUCACCCUUAAUCAUUGUCACUGGAACAACUCCACCUGUUAAUACCCAAUCCACAUCCACAAUAAGCAUUCCACCUACAAAACCCAUCAUUGCUACAGUAACGUCACCCCCAAUCAUUGUCACUGGGACAACUCCAAUUAACACCCAAUCCACAUCUUCAAUAACCAAAUCACUAACAACCCCCUCAGUUGUCACUGAAACAUCACCCUUAAUCAUUGUCACUGGAACAACUCAACCAAUUAAUACCCAAUCCUCAUCUUCAGUAAGCAUUCCACCUACAACCCCCUCAGUUGUCACUGAAACAACACCCUCAGUCAUUGUCACUGGGACAACUCCAUCGAUUGAAAGCCAAUCAACAUCUUCAGUAACUGAACCACUUACAACCCCCUCAGUUGUCACCGAAACAACACCCUUAAUCAUUGUCACUGGAACAACUCCACCUAUUAACACCCAAUCAACAUCUUCAGUAACCGAACCACUUACAACCCCCUCAGUUAUCACUGAAACAUCACCCUUAAUCAUUGUCACUGGGACAACUCCACCUGUUAAUACUCAAUCCGUAUCCACAGUAAGCAUUCCACCUACAAUACCCAUCAUUGUUACAGAAACUACACCCCCAAUCAUUGUCACUGGGACAACACCACCAAUUAAUACCCAAUCCUCAUCUUCAGUAAUUAUCACUGAAACAUCACCCUUAAUCAUUGUCACUGGGACAACUCCACCUGUUAAUACUCAAUCUGUAUCCACAGUAAGCAUUCCUACAAUACCCAUCAUUGUUACAGAAACUACACCCCCAAUCAUUGUCACUGGGACAAUACCACCAAUUAACACCCAAUCCUCAUCUUCAGUAAGCAUUCCACCUACAACCCCCUCAGUUGUCACUGAAACAACACCCUCAGUCAUUGUCACUGGGACAACUCCACCUAUUCACACCCAAUCAACAUACUCAGUAACUGAACCACUUACAACCCCCUCAGUUAUCACUGAAACAUCACCCUUAAUCAUUGUCACUGGAACAACUCCACCAAUUAAUACCCAAUCCUCAUCUUCAGUAAGCAUUCCACCUACAACCCCCUCAGUUGUCACUGAAACAACACCCUUAAUAAUUGUCACUGGGACAACUCCACCAAUUAACACCCAAUCCACAUCUUCCGUAACCGAACCACUUACAACCCCCUCAGUUGUCACUGAAACUUCACCCUUAAUCAUUGUCACUGGGACAACUCCAUCAGUUAAUACCCAAUCCACAUCUUCAGUAAGCAUUCCACCUACAGAACCUAUCAUUGUUACAGAAACUACACCCCCAAUCAUUGCCACUGGCACAACUCCACCAAUUAACACCCAAUCCUCAUCUUCUGUAAGCAUUCCACCUACAACCCCCUCAGUUGUCACUGAAACAACACCUUCGGUCAUUGUCACUGGGACAACUCCAGCUAUUCACAGUCAAUCAACAUCCUCAGUAACCGAACCACUUACAACCCCCUCAGUUAUCACUGAAACAUCACCCAUAAUCAUUGUCACUGGGACAACUCCACCAAUUAACACCCAAUCCACAUCUUCUGUAACCGAACCACUUACAACUCCCUCAGUUGUCACUGAAACAUCACCCUUAAUCAUUGUCACUGGGACAACUCCACCAAUUAAUACCCAAUCCUCAUCUUCAGUAAGCAUUCACCCAACAACCCCCUCAGUUGUCACUGAAACAACACCUUCGGUUAUUGUCACUGGGACAACUCCAGCUAUCCACAGUCAAUCAACAUCUUCAGUAACCGAACCACUUACAACCCCCUCAGUUAUCACUGAAACAUCACCCUUAAUCAUUGUCACUGGGACAACUCCACCUGUUAAUACCCAAUCCACAUCUUCAGUAAGCAUUCCACCUACAGAACCCAUCAUUGUUACAGAAACUACACCCCCAAUCAUUGUCACUGGGACAACUCCACCAAUUAACACCCAAUCUACAUCUUCAGUAAGCAUUCCACCUACAGGACCCAUCAUUGUUACAGAAACUACACCCCCAAUCAUUGUCACUGGGACAACUCCACCAAUUAACACCCAAAAUACACCGCUUGCAACCUCAGCUUUAGUCACUGAAACCAAGCCUUCACUCACCGAAACUGUGACACCACCUUGUUACUGUGAGAUAAGCACUGUGCGGUAUACUCCAGGUCAAAUAAUCUACACAGUUGCAGACAAAGAAGGCUGUGAAUAUUAUGCAGAAUGCAGCAGCCAGUGCACAACAGUAAGAUAUGUAGGGGAUUGCACCACCCCCAACAAACCCACAACUUCAUCAUCAACACCGUCCCCAACAACUACACUGCCAACAACACCACCUCCACCUGAAGAAACCACUUCUACAGUAUCCACUCCAAGCGUAACAACUAGUCCUGUUCCCAGCACUACAUGUAUUAUGUACAUGCCAGGAACAACACCUGCAGAAUACCCAACAACUACACCAUUUAUACCUGAAACCACAAACUCAGGCUUGGAUUCGAUAACAACACCACAAGGGGAACCAUAUUCGGAAAAAUCUGUAACAAUUAAUGAACUCGGCACUCCAGCUUAUCCAACUUGCGACUGCAGGAUACCAACUUGCAACCCGGGGUAUCAUGCUGCUGUUUCCUCAAGGAAGAAUUCCUACUGCCCCCAACUUUCAUGUGUGAAAGAAUCUGUCUGUGUCGUGGGAAAUGAAGUAUACCAUCAAGGGUCGAUUGUUCCACAAUCCAAUGUGUGCCAAACAUGCAAAUGUUCUUCUCAAAAAGACAAAAAAUCACAGUUCUAUGCUGUCAAAUGCCAACCAAUAGUUUGUAACAAAAACUGUAAGAAGGGCUACGUUUACCAAACAAAAGCAGGUGCCUGCUGUGGAGAAUGUGUCGCCUUAGAAAAGCCAAAAUCAGCCUGCUCAAUGAAGGGAAGCAAUGGUAUGAAGAUAAACAUUGAGAUUGGACAUUCAUAUUAUCCUACAAGUAACAGAUGUGUCUACUAUGAAUGCGAUCAGCUAGAUGACCAACCUAUCUUGACCAAAGUAAAACAGAUCUGCCAGCAGUUAGACAUCUCCAGAUGUGAACCGAAUACACUAAAAACAGAUGAAAAUGGAUGUUGUCAGACAUGUACAUAUAAGGCAGAGGAAACAUGUAGUGCACGGAAAAUCAAGAAGGUCCUAAGGGAUGGCAGCUGCUCACUGGACGUGGAACUUACAUACUGUGGUGGCCCCUGUAUGAAAGGAAUUAAUGAUUCUCAAACAUUAGAAGGAGUUGAUCAAGGAUGUAGCUGCUGCAGACAAAAGAAAACACAACAAAAGGCUGUAAAACUUGUUUGUCCUGAUAGAACAUUCAAGAGCUAUACUUACACUGAUGUGGUAGAAUGUGGAUGUGCAAGUUCUGUUUGCAGUGCUUCAACAUCCAGAGAAAAUAAUUCAGAUAUGUCAGGAGAAGUUGGUCCAAAACCUUCUGGAGAUGCUUCUCGAGGAACAUCAGGAGAAGCUGAUUCAAAACAUUCUGGAGAGAAUGAUCCAAAACAUUCAAGAGAUGCUGCUCCAAAAACAUCAGGAGAAGCUGAUUCAAAACAUUCAGGAGAGAUUGAUUCAAAACAUUCAAGAGAUGCUGCUCCAGAAACAUCAGGAGAAGCUGAUUCAAAACAUUCAGGAGAGAUUGAUUCAAAACAUUCAAGAGAUGCUGCUCCAGAAACAUCAGGAGAAGCUGAUUUGAAACAUUCAGGAGAGAUUGAUCCAAAACAUUCAGGAGAGAUUGACACAAAACUUUUAAGAGAUGCUGCUCCAGAAACAUCACGAGAAGCUGAUUCAAAACAUUCAGGAGAGAUUGAUCCACAAAACCUUCAAGAGAUUGAUCAAAAACCUUCAAAAGAUGCUGCUCCAGAAACAUCAGGAAAAGCUGAUUCAACACAUUCAGGAGAGAUUGAUCCACAAAACCUUCAAGAGAUGCUUCACCAAUAGCAUAAGGAGAAGAUGAUCCAAGAACACCAAGAGAAACCAAUCUAAAACCAGAGGAAGUUGAUUUAGGAAAAAACAGAAAUACCGCACCAUUAGGAUACAUGAUAAUAAUUCUGUUAAUGCCAUUUGUGCCUGCCACAUAGUUAUAUCCAGUAAAACAAAUUCUAAUAUUUUUUCUCCUAGAAGCUGUCAGUAGUAAAGAUUUUCUAAAUGAUAUAAUUUUGUGGUUAUCUAUAUAUCACACCAGCAAAAGGCUUCUAUUGUGGACAGUGUAUAAUGCUGCUUCUUUCUAUUAAAAAAAAAUUAAGUAGACAAUAAUAAACAUGAUUAUGAAAAGCAA